GACUGACUGAUCAUGAGAUCUUGUCUCAGGCCAUGAUCUUCAUCUUCGGUGGCUACGAGACCAGCAGCAGUACUAUGAGUUUCCUGGCCUAUAACCUGGCAACCAACCCCCACACCAUGACCAAACUGCAGGAGGAGAUAGAUACUGUGUUCCCCAACAAGGCUCCAAUCCAGUACGAAGCUCUGAUGCAGAUGGACUAUUUGGACUGUGUGUUGAACGAGUCUAUGAGACUGUACCCCAUCGCCCCUCGACUGGAGAGGGUCGCCAAGAAGACGGUGGAGAUUAACGGCAUCGUCAUCCCCAAAGACUGCGUUGUCCUGGUUCCCACGUGGACCCUCCACCGUGACCCAGAGAUCUGGUCCAACCCUGAGGAGUUCAAACCAGAGAGGUUCAGUAAGGAGAACAAGGAGCCUAUUGAUCCAUACACGUACAUGCCGUUUGGGGCGGGGCCCAGGAACUGUAUCGGGAUGCGAUUCGCCAUGAUCAUGAUCAAACUAGCCAUGGUUGAGCUCCUCCAGAGUUUCACUUUCUCCGUCUGCGACGAGACCGAGAUCCCUUUGGAGAUUGACAACCAGGGUUUUCUGAUGCCAAAACGACCAAUCAAACUGAGGCUGGAGCACCGUAGCAACACCCUUAGCAACACCGCCCCUCUCUGUAGAGUCCAACAACGUGACCGAAUGCUGGAGCACCCCACCCUGUAUUACCCUAGAGCACCCCACCCUACCCUAGGGCACCCUACCCUUCCCUGGAGAACCCUACCAUAUACAGUGGGGCAAACAAGUAUUUAGUCAGCCACCAAUUGUGCAAGUUCUCCCAAUUAAAAAAAAGACGAGAGGCCUGUAAUUUUCAUCAUAGGUCCACUUCAACUAUGACAGACAAAUUAUUUUAAAAAAUCCAGAAAAUCACAUUGUAUGAUUUUUAAUUAAUGUAUUUGCAAAUGAUGGUGGAAAAUAAGUAUUUGGUCACCUACAAACAAGCAAGAUUUCUGGUUCUCACAGACCUGUAACUUCUUCUUUGAGAGGCUCCUCUGUCCUCCACUCGUUACCUGUAUUAAUGGCAACUGUUUGAACUUGUUAUCAGUAGAAAAGACACCUGUCCACAACCUCAAACAGUCACACACACAAUGAAUGUUCAGUUCAAUCAGAAAUGACCUUUAAAAUGGCACAUAGCUGACAAAGCGCUGGGAUUGAAUCCUGGUCUCAGUCUCAUGCUUGGUUUGAGUAGGACUCAGAAACCCAUUUCCACCAGAUAACAGAGAGAUAGAAAUACUAUGGAUGCAUUAGAGGUACAUGUCUUGUUAAAGUUAAACACCAGGGGUAUUAAAUCCAUGGCAUGAUGUCAUGUCUGGAUCCUGCACACUGGUGGCUGGUGGCUGUAAUUCUCUGAGAAUGUAGAACUCUAGCUGGUGUUCUCUAGAACUAUACUCUCAUUCUGUUCCUCUGGGUGUUCUGCUGUCCAGUCAUUCCAAAAUAGAAUCUUUACUGUCUGUUGAGAUGAUCCCUGCAGCUGCUUGGUUUUAACUUGAAUCAUCACAAACCAAUAAAAUCAUCACACUAAUGAACAA